AUGAGAUCCCUACUAGUAGUAUUUUGCCUUGUUGCCAUUUUGUUCUCAGUUGAGGCAAAGAAAUUGAGCCUUCCAAAAGUGAAUUUCGGCAAACAACAUGUCAAAGGUGCCUCAGACAUAGUAUUCUAAGCUUACUCACUUGUUUAAAUGCCAAUCAAAAUUAUAGCCUGCACUUAUGUCAUCCCACAAUUGGUUGGUACAAUGAAUCUUUCAGUUACAGCCCCAAAAACUCUAAAAAGUGAAACCAAGGUCGGAUCACAUAGAUUCUAGCAUACUCAAUCAACUUAAAACUAAUAGAAGAGAGAGUCAAUUAUAGAUCUUGCUCCUUUAGUAGAUACCAAGAUUAGAGUCAAAUUCGUUGGUGGAAGAGAAAUUGUCGGAGUAUUAAAAGGAGCUGAUCCUAUUUGUAAUAUGGUAUUGGAUGAUACCAUAGAAUUCUUAAGAGACGCAAAGGAUCAAUAUAAUUUAACAGAACAAACAAGAGAAUUAGGAUUUUUAGUAGCUAGAGGUACUACAGUAUUAUCAAUCUGCAGUGAAGAAGGGGCCUAGACCAAUAUUGAAAAUCCAUACGCAGUUUAAGAAUGA